AGAAUGAUCACUUCAUUUUUUCUUUCUUUUUCACUGAUCAACCAUUAAGGGACUGAAUUAGGCUUCUUUAACAUUUCUAUAUAUUUUUUUGUUGGUUAUGGCAACUUUACUCAACUCCAUGUCUCCUAUGACAAAUCCGUCACCUGAAACAACAAGGAAAACAUGUGGGUUCUUUUACCAAAUCCCAAACCUUCAUUCUUUUUCACUCAACAAGGGUUUUACCAGAGUUUUAGCAACUACCCAGAUCACAAUUUCUCCUAAAGACUCUGUUUUUACUUUACCAAAUUGGAAGACAGGGAAGAAUGACACUAAAAGUAGGGAACUUAGGCUUAAUGAUGCUUUUUUUCAUAUGGAAUAUAUGGUUGGGAAAGGACAGAAACCUGAUGUAGCUCAAGCUACACAGCUGUUGUAUGAUUUGUGCAAGGCUAAUAAGAUGAAAAAGUCAAUUAGAGUGUUGGAGAUGAUGGUUAAUUCUGGUAUUAUACCUGAUGCAGCUUCUUAUACUUUCUUGGUCAAUCACUUGUGCAAGAGAGGGAAUGUUGGACAUGCAAUGCAGUUAGUGGAAAAAAUGGAGGCUCAUGGUUACCCAACUAAUACUGUUACUUAUAAUUCUCUAGUUAGAGGGCUUUGUAUGCAUGGAAACUUGAAUCAAAGCUUGCAGCUGUUGGAUAAGUUAAUACAAAGGGGACUAGUUCCCAAUGCGUUCACUUACUCUUUCUUGCUUGAGGCUGCUUAUAAGGAAAAAGGAGUAAAUGAGGCAAUGAAACUUUUGGAUGACAUUAUUGCCAAAGGUGGGAAGCCUAACUUGGUUAGUUACAAUGUUUUGUUGACUGGGUUGUGCAAGGAAGGGAGGACUGAUGAGGCAAUUAGGUUCUUCAGGAAUUUGCCUGCUAAAGGAUUUGAUCCAAAUGUUGUGAGUUAUAACAUUUUGCUAAGGAAUUUGUGCUAUGAGGGACGGUGGAAAGAAGCAAAUGAGCUUUUGGCGGAGAUGGAUGGUGAGGAUCGUUCUCCUUCUGUAGUUACUUACAAUAUAUUGAUUGGUUCUCUUGCCCUUCAUGGAAGGACUGAACACGCUCUGGAUGUUUUGGAUGAGAUGAUUAGGGGACGUUUUAAGGCCACUGCUACAAGCUAUAACCCAAUAAUUGCUCGUCUUUGCCAAGAGAAGAAAGUGGAUCUUGUGGUUAAGUGUCUAGACCAGAUGAUCUAUAGACGUUGUAAACCUAAUGAAGGAACGUAUAAUGCUACUGCUGUGCUCUGCGAGCAGGGAAUGGUGCAAGAGGCAUUCUCCAUAAUUCAAAGCUUGGGGAGCAAACAAAGUUCCCCUCCGCAUGAUUUCUACAAGAGUGUGAUUUCUAGCUUAUGCAGAAAAGGAAACACAUAUCCAGCCUUUCAGCUUUUAUAUGAAAUGACAAAGUCUGGGUUCAAUCCGGACUCUUACACCUAUUCGUCAUUAAUAAGAGGGUUGUGCUUGGAGGGAAUGCUGCAAGAGGCGCUGGAAAUUGUCAUAGUAAUGGAAGAAAGCAAUUAUAGGCCUGAUGUUGACAAUUUCAAUGCACUUAUAUUAGGAUUCUGCAAAUCCCACAGAACUGAUCUGUCUUUGAAGGUUUUCGAGAUGAUAAUAGAGAAAGGUUAUAUGCCAAAUGAGACAACUUAUACCAUUCUUGUGGAAGGGAUUGCUCAUGAAGGAAAAAUAGAGCUGGCAGCAGAAGUAUUGAAGGAGUUGCAUGUGAGAGAAGUUGUGAGUCAACAUGCUGUAGAGAGACUUGUUAUGCAGUACAACCUUUCUGCUAUAGAUAACAUUUGAUUUUUAGUUUGCCAGAAUAUGGACAGGAAAAUGGAAAAAAUGAAAGAUUAUCAUUCUGUUGCUCUGUGCAAAAUUGAUUCUUACUGUUCAGAUAUUUGAUAGUGUCGAAACAUGAAUUUUGUUCUGAAACAAAGAAAAAGUAGCUUGAGAUCGUUUGGCACUGUAUCCAAAAUUUUGAAGGUGGUGUGAAGAGGAAUCAAGUUCAAGCAGAAUAACUCAACUUUGUGGUACUUCUUUAUUUGCUUGAGCUGGUUAAUGUUUUGUUGUAAAUCCUGUUUAUUUUGUAGAGCUUUUGUUUGGUAUGUACAAGUUGAUUAUGGUUGAUAUGAAAUGAUUAACAAGUCCCCUUCUCAA